GUCAAAGUAGAAAAACUUGUUUUACGUUUGUAAAAUGAAUAGAUGUUUAAUUCGGAGGUCAUUUGCUGCGAAAAACUAAUUAAUAAAUAUGUAGUUAAUCGUAGACAUUGAAGAAGAUCCGCGUAACAACGUCCCGUGGCUAUUUGUAUGUAUUUUUAGUCUAGAAUUACUCAAUCCCCUAGAACCAUGAAGAUAACUGUCUGUUAAAAAUUAAUCAUCGGAUCCAAAUCGCGUAUUAUUUUUAAUUCAGUAUUAACACGAUGAUUCGCAGGAAGGAAUUCUUCGGUAUCGUAAUUCUCGCUUUGAUAUGUUUCCUUUUUAUCACGUUCUGCGAGAAAAGCCCCACGCCGAUUCACAGCAGAUCCGUAGCCUUUCAAGCGAUAGAAAUAGAACAGCCCCGGGUCCUAAACAACCACAUAUCAAUCGAGGAACUCGUCAAUAUACAAAGAACCAAGCUCCAACGCGAAUUACAGGAUUACAAGUUGCCUGACAGGGAGUCCCUAGCGAAUUUAACUAUUGAAGAUGGAGGGCAACCCAUCAGGACUGUGAUUAUUACGACCUGGCGAUCAGGAUCCACAUUUUUGGGUGAUAUCUUAAAUGCCCUUCCUGGCAACUAUUACCACUACGAACCCUUAUUGGACUACGGAAUUAUCCAAAUAAGGGGUCCUCCCUACUCAGAGUCAGCUCUUAACGUGAUGAAAAGUUUGCUCAACUGUGAUUAUACAAAUUUACAAAGGUAUUUGGAAUUCGGCAUGUCUCACAUAUACCUUUUCACGCACAACAAAAGGUUAUGGAGCCAGUGUGAAGCCUACCCAGACUAUUGCUGGGACCCCGACUUUUUGAACGAUUUUUGUAGAGUGUUUCCCUUUCAAUCCAUGAAAACGGUUAGGUUAAGGUUAAAACUCGCCGAAGAAUUGUUAGAAGACGACACAUUGAAAGUGAAGGUCGUGUUGCUAGUGAGAGACCCUAGGGGCACGCUGCAAUCACGAAAGCACCGAGACUGGUGUCCUGGUGAACCUGACUGUGAUCAACCUAGUUAUUUGUGUUCGGACAUGGUGUCUGACUAUAGUGCAGCUAUUAGACUAUCUAAGCUCUACCCUACACGUUUCAAAGCUCUGCGCUACGAAGAUCUCUCGCUAAACCCCUACGAAAACGUCGAAUCUUUAUUCGAUUUUAUGGGGCUCAAAGUUCACCCGGCUGUCAAGGAUUUCCUGGACUCUCACACAACUGUCAACGUGGGGGGCGUGUCCAGCACUUACAGGGACUCGAAAAACGCCCCUUUUCACUGGAGAGCCGAUCUGAGUGUUGGGGAGAUCCAGGCUAUCGAAGGCAACUGUAGCGAGGCGAUGAAAUUGUGGGGUUAUAUCCGCUCAAACGGGUCGAAUGUUAAAGAUUUUUAUCCUCUUAGCGCGUACGAUAUUAAAUGAUCCUUCAGAAGCGUU